UUCUCUGUGCGAUCAUGUGCUCCGGCGCGUUCAUCAUUGUCCAAUGUCCACCGAACUUGCCCUCCACAACUAUAGACCUUCCGCCCACGACCUGUUCAUGCCCUUUCUCGACGACCAAAUCUGUUAGCAACGACCGCAGCACCCUUAAUAACCGGUCCAAUACCCAUUCGCCUGGCUGCAGACCGCUAUGUCGAAAGCACCAAGCACGCCUCAUCCGCCACCACGGAUAGCCGAAAAGUAUAUCGAUAUUCCUUCACAGAGGCUAUACGCUCUAAGUGUUGGAGCCCUUCUUCAGGCCAUCAAAGUCUUCGAUUUUUUCCGGUAUCUCUUCAGCGAGGGACAGCAAGCGAAAUACACCUUCAAAUGGUUGAUAUGGGAUUUCAUCUACUGCAUGAGUCUCUCGUCGUUGCGGAUACCAAGACUCAACUACGCAAAAUCUGUGGUCUUGCUACAAAUCGCAAUCCUGUGGUUGCUGGACGGUUUCUUUUUUGGCGGUAUACGCGUGGAUAUUGGUGCUGGAGACAUUCAAGCUCUCAUACCGCGGAUGUUCACGGCUAGCCACCACGGAGAAGUCGCCACUACUGCACCGCUAUUCAGUUUAUCGGAGGUUCUUCCCGCCCUCGGACUGGGGGGCCUCGUUGGCAGUGGAAAUCGCGACUCUCACCUUCUUGGUCAACAUACUGUCCGUAUGUCACCCAUCAGCACCGCGAAGCUCAACCCGUACAGUCAAACCUUCUGUCUCGCCCCCGGGCAAAGCCUCCUCGUCCCGGUCUUGCUCAACAACACCAACUCUGUAAACCUCAAGUAUACACUUACCCCACUAGGGUACAUUGAGGACGUGUCGGGAGAGCAGGAGAAGACUAAAGGCGCGGUCAGCAAGAUCGAGAAAUUCGAGCUGAGCGCGAAGGACCUGAAGGCGAUCGAGAACUCCCGUCAGGAGUCCUUGCAAGUUGCGCGCUCUGCGGCGUCUGCAAAGCGCGAAUCUGAGGAAGACUACGAUGAGUACGACGACGACGACGACGACGAGCAAUUCACACCGACCCACGGUUCUCCAUCUUUGCAAAAGAGCCAAUCCUUGGUUCACAUUCGCGUCACAAAGCCCGGGGCUCUCAGGCUAGAAGACGUCUUGGAUGCAUCUGGCGUUGAAGCUCGUUUGAUCUACCCAAUCGACGUCCCCAUUGUUCCUUGCCCGGGCGCUGCAUUCGCAGAGCACAACGUCAUUCAGCACGGCGACAACAUGCGCUGCGCUUCUCCGGGACUAAAGAGCGGUGCAGGAGAAGAAAUUGAACUCAAGAUCGACGUCUAUGGUGUACCUCCACUCAGCCUGAAGUGGCGUCGGGAGAUCAAUGGCAAGCAGGAGCUUUUCAUGGUUGAGGGUAUCGAGGGGGAAGAUUUUCAUACCCACCGACCCAAUGGCGACAAGUGGCGACUCGCUGGCUCUGGACGGAGGGCAGCUCAGCAGCUCAGCGUUCCCCUUACGGUCAAUCUCGACUCGCUUGGCACACAUUCAUACGUUCUAGAGUCGGUCUCGGACGCCCUUGGUAACGUUGUGCAAGCUGGUGCACACGUAAGUCACACCAACACGCCUCAUCACAAUCUUACAGCACGUUCUAUCACUGUUCUUCGUCGACCAAGUGUCUCCUUCAGGCAUUGCGAUGUUGGCCAGCCCGCUUCGCUCCUCAUUGGUUCUGAAACGGCACUGACCCUCGCCAUGAAAGAGUCUGAUGGACUGGACGCUCCUUGGGACGUGGAUAUGAAAUUUGCACCGCUUGCAGACGAGGACGUGUCGAAGACGUACAAGAAGCUCAAGCCAUGGACGAAGACCAUCACCUCUCCUGGUAACCGGAAGGAGUUCACGCUUCAGGCCAACAUGCCUGGAGAGUAUUCGAUUAUAAGCGUAAAGGGCAAGUACUGCGAGGGCGACGUCCUUAGUCCUGAUACUUGUAAAGUUGUCGAGAGGCCAAUCCCCACCGCUGAGAUUGAGUGGAAGAAGAUACAUGAAUGUUGCGUUAGCUCUGGAGAUACUGGAGUGUCAGCCGCCCUUGUCCUGCAUGGUGCACCCCCCUUCCAGGUGUACUACACUCAGCGCAAGGACAAAGGCCCCGUUCAAGAGUUCUCCAAGACCUUUGCGACGUCACGUGGUGAAUUUACGAUUCAGCCGGAGGACAGCGGACACUAUACUUUCACCUUCACACAUCUCAGUGACCAGAACUACAGGAAGGUAGCGCUCAAGGGCCCGAGCAUUGAUCAGAUCGUGCAUCCGCCCGCGUCGGCAGACUUCGCGCACAACACUGCUGGGACGAGGAGUCGCAAGAAAAUUAGUAGCUGCUCGGGAAGUGUCGUCGAUGUUGACGUCGAUCUCAAGGGCACCGGUCCAUGGAACCUUGACAUUCAAGUAGUCGGUCCCAAGGGCUCGGAAAUCAUCCACAUUCCGAAGAUUACGAACUCGAGGAAGAGUAUUCAGGUUCCAAUACCGCCUGUUGUCGACAGAGAUGGUGGCACUUUCGAGAUUGAUCUUGCGAGUAUCGAAGAUGCAUACGGCUGCAAGCGUUCCAUCUCCGUUCCCGGCAUUAUCGCCAACGUUCGUCGCGUCAAGCCCACCGCAAAAUUCUAUGGCCCCAGCAAUAAGCGUCAGGUUACCACCUUGGAAGGCGAGAAGGCAACACUCCCGCUUCGCCUCACGGGCGACGGGCCAUGGCGCAUCAAGUAUCGUCGUGCCGAAACAUCUCAUCAAGUCUUUACCGCUACCUUGUCAACCCCUAACGACGAGCUGCGCGUGACCGAGAAGGGGUUGUAUGAGCUUCUCGAGGUGUGGGACUCUCAAUGUCCAGGAGAAAUCAACGCAGACGCCGCCAACUAUGCGGUCGACUGGGUGUCUAGACCUAUCGCCAGGCUCGCGUCCGAAGUACAGGCCACAUACGAGCCGUAUAAUAGUUCACAUAUCCUAUCGCCAGUUUGCGAGGGUUUUUCUGAUCAUGUGGAUCUGGACCUCACAGGGCGACCACCUUUCCAGAUUAUGUACAAUGUCGCUCGAGACGAUUCAAGUGGUGGCACGAAAAUCCUGGAUCAGCCAACCUUCAGCAGCAUCCAGCCUCGGACGCGCUUCCAGCUACAUACCGACGAAGCCGCCCGCAUAUACUAUGAAGUCAAGCAAAUUGGAGAUGCGGCCUAUCCUCUAUCGAAUCACAGGGAGGCCACCAUCCCACGAUCGCAACGUCUGCUGUUUGAGCAGCAAGUGCUCACGCGUCCUUCUACUCGCUUCAAAAAUCAAAACCGCGUCACGUACUGCAUGGGUGACACAUUGACGCCGCACGAUCUGCACAGCGGAGAUGGGUUCAUUCAGCUGUCUGGAACGCCGCCAUUCCGACUUCAGAUCUCCAUUAAGAAUCUCGCUGCGAGUGAUAUAUACCAUGAGACUGUGGUUCUGGAUGAGCAUAGCUGGAAGUUGAACGUUCCUGCUUACACCUUCAAAUCUAUUGGCCCACACGUCAUCACGAUUGAGUCCGUGCAGGACGCCUCUGGGUGUGCGCAGGCUGCGCCCGAUCCAAUGUCAAGAAGCAUCUGGCUGGACGUCGCGGAGACCGCAGCGAUUGUACCAUUCGAUAGAAAGGAGCAUUACUGUGUUGGUGAUGUUUCGCACUUCCAACUUGAGGGCACGCCACCAUGGACCAUCGGAUACAAGGUCAACGGCAAGGCGUAUACGCAGGAGGCUCGGGCGUCGCCAUUCUCGUUCAUCCAACAACAGCCUGGCGAAUUCGCCAUCACAUCGAUUGCUCAUCAGCAGAAAAUGUGCAAGACAGGUGUGACAGAUUUGCGCUAUCAGGUGCGUCAGCUGCCGGCGGCGCAGGUUGGACACGGAAAGCGCAUCGUGCAAGAUAUCCACGAGGGUGACCAAGCCGAAAUCGUCUUCACACUCAUCGGCGAGCCACCAUUCACUUUCACAUAUCAGCGCGCCGAGCUGCCAAAUAAGAAGGGCCAGCAAGGCAAGAUCCUCGAGACACACACCGUCUCGGGUGUAACAACGAAUGAAUACUCGAUCUUUUCUGCACUCGAGGGCACUUGGACGGUAACAUUCAUCUCAGACAAGUAUUGCCGCUACCCGCCUGCACAGGAGGGCACGCUGGAAAAAUUAAGACGAUGACACCGCCGGCUUCUAGGAAGUAGUACAGAGGCUUCGUGAAUACAUACCCUUUGCCUUCAUAGUGUAAAUAUGUAGCUUUAGUAUAUUGCAUUAGCUAAUGUCUCGUGCAUGCUGUUUUCAAACGUCUUGGCCUCGAGGUGACUGCUCUGCAUCGUCUAAAUUGUGCAUGUGAAAAUCCAGAUACCCUCUUCAUGUUUGCUAUUCGAUUCUUAACUUCAAAUGCGAGAGCGCAACGGUGCAUUGGAAGGUAUAUUUUUGUCGAUGUCGUCCUUCGACAAGCAAUUACUACUCAAAUCUGUUAUUUUACAUGGAAGUGGUCUAUACCUGGGCAGAGGAGAUAUAAAACCACUUGGAGACUGAAGGAACGAAGUUAGACAUUGGAUAUCAGAAGGUAAGCGUGUUGCUUACUGGCACCAUCGAUGGGAGCAGGAGGCUUCCUAGAGUCGGAAGGAAUGCCCUGGUAGGCGGCAUCGUUCUUGGAGGUGUAGCCAGGAGUGCUUUGGAGGGUAGUGUUGCGGCUAACAGAGUACUAGCUAAGGUUUGAGUUUAGAGAUUUGGAGAGUGCACACGUACAUCGAGAGGUCGUAGGAAGGGGUCUUGGCAGGGCUCUCGCCAGAGACUGCUAGCUUGCGCCAGGCCUCGUGGCACUCGUGAAUGAUCUCGGUAGCAUACUUCUUGUUCUUGGCCUCGCCAGAGAAUGCGAACUGGUUCUCGAGCUUGCCAUCGGGAAUCUUGUAGAUGCUGAGAAGGUGUUCCGUCAACG